GUUGAUUCAUUCAGAGAGACUCUCAGUGAACUGGCAUGCACAUUAGCAGCGGAGGGUGGAAGUGCAGGCGACAGAGUGAGGGAGUUGCCAACUUGCAGAACUCAGAAGGAAAGCCUGUUUUUUUUUAUUUUUUUUUAAAUCAGGCACUGACCUCAAACAUGGAGAGAGCAUUACACACGUCACAUGACACAGACAGACGCUCGUUCCUACCCUAAGAAAGCAAGUCAACACAGCCCAAAACAACUUUAACAAAACAACUCUGUCCAAAAGGAGCAGGAGAGAGAGUCGAGGGAUCGUAACACUGGAGCUCAAGGAUAAACCAUGGACACUGCAUACAUCACAACACACCUGGAGGUCCACCAUGCUCCCUGCUAACCUGCUGCUCCUCAUGGUCCUGCUGCUACCUCACGCCUCGUCAGGUCGCCAGGGUGACACCGGCGACAUCGUUGACAAUGGCACGCCAUCAGACCCCACGCCGUCCUCCACCCUGGAGCCCGGCCUGGCUCGGACCAUCCAGAGCCUCUUACUGAGCCGUCUCGGUCUGCAGUCGCAGCCUGAUCCUCGGCCUGGAGUGCCGGUCCCGAGGUACCUCAUGGAUCUGUACCGCUUCCAUCAACAGCAGUACCACCUUCUGGAGGACCCGUCCUUCAGCUUCCCCAGUCACCACGUGCAGCAGGCCAACACCGUACGCAGCUUCCAUCACACUGAGCCCCUCACAGCAGAGGACCACAGGCACCUGCACAUCUCCUUCAACGUCUCCUCCAUCCCUCAGGAUGAGAAGGUGCUCUCCGCUGAGCUCCGCCUCCUGCGUGUCGCCAGGACCUCCCUCAGACUGAACCUGUAUCUCUCUGAGCACUCACAGGACGCCCGGCCCACACUGCUAGAGACAAGACUACUCACCGCUGGUCCUCAAAGUCAGAAAUCUAGCAACCUCUGGGAAGCAUUUAGCCUCAACCCGGAGCUCUUUGAUUUAGCCGUCAAUGGAGCUGGCCAUCUGGGCUUCCUCCUGGAGGUCAGACCGGAGAACAGCAGCUCAUCGCUCCCGGAUCAGAGCUUCAUAGCAAGCCAGGAGGAAGGGGAGGGACACAAGGGGCGUCACCUGAGGGUGUGCAGGUCUGUGGGGCAGGACGAGCACAGCUGGGCCCAAGAGAGACCCCUCCUCGUGACCUAUAGUCAUGAUGGGCGUGGGGAUCCUUUAGUCAGACAUAGUAGGAGGAACCUCAGUGGGUUCCAGAGGAUGAGAGGCAGGAAAGGGACAAAAGAGAAGAGGAAUAGCUGGGAUAGAGACCAAAAGUGGGUUGAAAACACAAGUUGGGGGGGUGAUACAGGAAGUGAAAGCGGAAGGGUAAAACGAAACGGCAGGCGGGCCGCAAAGCUGAAACGCCUUUCCCGUAACAGAUGCCGGCGUCAUCCCCUCUACGUGGAUUUUAACGACGUGGGCUGGCACAAGUGGAUCAUUGCGCCCAGCGGCUACGACGCCUUCUUCUGCCUGGGGGAGUGCCGCUUCCCCCUGGCCGACCACAUGAAUUCCUCCAGCCACGCCAUGGUGCAGACGCUGGUCAACUCGGUGAACGGCGCCGUGCCGCGAGCCUGCUGCGUGCCCACCUCCCUCAGCCCCAUCGCCCUACUCUACCUGGACCCUCAGGACCGAGUGGUGCUGAAGAACUACCAGGACAUGGUGGUGGAGGGCUGCGGCUGCCGGUAGCGUGCUGGAAGGCGGGAUGAUAGAAAUGUUGGCAGCAUGAGAAUGAAGCAGCUCGUUGUGUCAUUUCAAAUGAAAUGAGAGCAUAAUAUCUGUCAAAGCAUGCUUAAUCAUCAUAAGAUAUUAUGCCGCUUUUCCAUCGCAUGGUACUGUCUCGGCUCGGUUCUGCAGAAAUCACACUGCAUUGAACGCAUCAGUGAGAAGGAGGCAGGCUAACUGGGGUCUCUUCUAUUUACUUCUCAGUGUGUCGCUUUGGAAGUUAGACAUAUUUUAUCCGAGAGGAGACUGAGGGCAGCAAAAAAAAACAAAACACUGCCAAUGCUGAAACAGUGAGACUGUUUAAUUUUCCUCAUGAGCAGCCACAUGUUGACAGAAUAAAAAAUAUAUCCAAAAGGAGACUGAGGACAGCAGAAAACAGACAUCUGCAACAAAAUGGACUGUGGGGUAUUUAUAAUGAUGCAGCAUCCAGAGCUAAGACACAGUGUUUUCUUUAUUCAGUCAAUUGUUGAUACAAAAAAUAUCCAAGAAGAGACUGAGGGCAACAGAAAAUAGGCCUUUGAAAAGUGACUGAAAUAGAGACUGUGGAGUAUAACACUGUAGCAUCCGAAGUGGAAACACAGUGACACUAUGUUUAUUUUUCUCCAUGAGCAGUCAAAUGUUGAUAAAAUAACAAAUCUAUCCAAAAGGAGACUGAGGACAGUAGAAAAUUGACAUCUUCACCAAAAUGGAGACUCUGGAGUAUAUAUAAUGAUGCAGCAUCCAGACCUAAAACACAGUGACACUGUGUUUUAUUUAUUCAGUUAAAUGUUGAUAGAAAGAAUGUCCAAGAAGAGACUGAGGGCAGCAGAAAGCAGACACUUGCAGCAAAGUGGAAAUUUUGGAAUAUAAUACUGCAGUAUCUGGAGCUAAAACAUAAUAUUCACUGUGUUUAUUUUCUUCAUUCAUAGUAACAUGUUGAUUGGGGAAAAAAUGUCCAAAAGGAGAUUGAGGGCAGCAGAAAACAGACGUCUGCAGCAAAGUGGAGACUCUGGAGUAUAGUAUCUGUACAGCAUCUAGAGAUAAAACACAGUGACACUGUGUUUAUUUUCUUUGAGUCAAAACCAGACUGAGGGCAGUAGAAAUCGGGCCUUUGCAGCAAAGUGGAGAUUUUGGACUAUAAAGCUCCAGUAUCCGGAGCUAAAACACAGUUUCGCUGUGUUAAUUUUCUUCAUUUAGAGUCAUAUGUUCAUUGAAAAAAAUAUAUCCAAGUGGAGUCUGAGGGCAAUAGGAAAAUGGGCCUUUGCAGCUAAGUGGAGACUGGGGCGUAUAAUACCUGCACAGCUAAAAAAAAACACACACAGUGUUUAUGAUCUUCAUUAGCAGGCAGGUACUAUAAAUAGUAGUGAUAGUACCUGCUUUUGCCAACAGAAAAGCGUCAAACCAGCAGAGCCGAGUAGGUACCGUGUGUGGAAAAGGUGACGUUGUUUCGAAGCAGUGAUCCACGUGGUUAGCAAAAAGAGCAUGGCAUCAUAACCUCACAGGACCACAUGGUUGCUGCAAUAUUUGCAGAAACCACCAAGAAGGAAGAAAGGGUGCUGACUGCAAAGACCCUGAACGCACCAUUAUGUCACAAGCUAUUAAAAAAAAAAAAAAACAA